UGCCACUAUCAGAUAUGCAAAGACUGUAUUUUGCUAGAGAAAUCGUAGUUCUUAGGUGUUGUGAUGGAGACAGUAGACCCAGCGGCCGUGAGCCUCCGUCCCUUCAGGAUAUCCGACGCCGACGACUUCCUUUCAUUCGCAGGUGACGACCAGGUCACGAGGUUCUUGAGAUGGAAGACGCUGGCCUCGAGAGAGGAGGCUCUGGCCACCAUCAGGGACGUCUGCAUGCCACACCCUUGGCGCCGCGCCGUGUGCGUCGGGGACCGCUGCGUCGGGUUCAUCUCUGUCUGGCCCGGGUCGGGGGACGACAGUUGCCGGGCGGACUUCGGGUACGGCCUGGCCAGGGAGUGGUGGGGGAAGGGCGUGGCGACCCGAGCGGUGAGACUGGCGCUCUCCCAGGUGUUCGGGGAUUUCCCUGAUGUCUUGAGGAUUCAAGCCUUUGUCGGGGUGGACAACAAGGCUUCCCAGAGGGUGUUGGAGAAGGCCGGGUUCACAAGAGAUGGAUUGCUGAGAAAUUACGCCUAUUUGAAGGGGACUUUGCAGGAUUUGUACUUGUACAGUUUCUUGUCCACAGACGUCGUCCCUGCAGACAGAUGAGUGCCGCCGAUCCGAUGGCCGUUCGGGUCGAGUCUCGAAGGCGUAUUGAA